CUGAUUAAUCAAAUUUCAAUCCAAUUUCAAUUUCAAUUGCUAUAAUGUAUAUAAUUAUGUGAUUAUGACUUUACGCUUCUUGGAAAUUGGUUUGGACAAUUACAAAAUUCCACCUCCACUCCCCUUGGACAUCUGUUCUAUUGAGGAUAAGGAUACAGCCGGCUAUUGUAUGACAAAGAUGGUACUAUUACACGUGGUUGUCAGCUGAUACGCGUCGUGCGCCUGCGGCACGUCAUUUCGCAGCAAUCACUGUCUCCCUUCCAUUCCUUCGGAACGUUUUAUAUCUAUUACAUCAGUCGGAAUCCAGCUGGCGACUGGAUUGGAUCAGAGCGGUUUUUUGUCUCAUCACUGCUUCCGAGUACUAGCUGGCUUCCUCUUUUUUCCCGCAAACUAAUUUCAACAUCAAAAUGGCAGUUGUCAUUUCCACAUGACUGAAUGACUAAUAUAUAUUAACAUUCCGUUUGGUUGACAUACAUUAAUUUAUUGUACCAGUGUCAACGUUCGUGCCAUAAAUAUGUUCCUAAUUGUUGCUUGAUAUAAGGAAAAAAAAAUGAAUAGGACAAUGACUGACAAGAGUAAAAAAUUAUCACGCUGGUAUUUUGGUGGCAUCUCUUCCGCAGCUGCUGCAUGCGUAACCCAUCCUUUGGAUCUACUGAAGGUCCACUUACAAACGCAACAAGAGGGCAAGCUAUCAAUGGUACAUUCCACCGUUGGAAUAAUUAGGAAACAGGGAAUAUUAGCUUUAUACAAUGGACUUAGUGCUUCCCUACUUCGCCAACUUACGUAUUCUACUAUAAGAUUUGGAGCAUACGAGGUCGGCAAACAGACACUCGAAUCGUCUGGUCAUCCAUUACCUUUUUAUCAGAAGCUACUGCUGGCAGGAGUUUCCGGCGCUACAGGCGGCGUCUUCGGAACUCCUAGUGAUGUGAUUAAUGUACGCAUGCAGAAUGAUAUCAAAGUAGCACCAGAACUAAGGAGAAACUAUAAGCAUGCUCUGGAUGGACUGUUGCGUGUAAUCCAACAAGAAGGGGUUCGCCAAUUGUUCAGUGGAUGUUCGACUGCGACCAUGAGGGCAGCGCUGAUGACUAUCGGACAAUUGAGUUUUUACGACCAGAUUAAAACGACGUUGCUACAGACUGGCUACUUUCGGGAUAAUCCUUCGACACAUGUUUUAUCCAGUGUAUCGGCAGGCGCCAUUGCCACAACGCUUACGCAACCUUUAGACGUUCUAAAGACACGAGCAAUGAAUGCUAAACCUGGAGAAUUUAAAAACCUUAUAGAAAUCUUUCUAUAUACUGCCAAACUUGGGCCACUGGCUUUCUUUAAAGGCUACGUACCUGCAUUUAUUCGAUUAGCACCGCAAACCAUUCUCACAUUUGUAUUUCUCGAACAACUUAGAUAUAAUUUUGGAUUCUAUCCACAAACUAUGAAGCCAUAGUUAUAAAUAUCGAAAGUUUUUGUAAGCAGAAAUUUUGUAAGAUUGAAACUUUGUUUCGUCCAGAUGGAAGAUGGCAGGUUGUCCAGGAAAGAAACGGGUAGUGUCAAACGUUAUUAUAAAUGAUCAUGCAAUAUGCAACAUAAAAACAGAUUGGCACAUGUGAAAACAUUUAAUUAUUCAGUCACGCACAGUUUAAUGAUUGAGUUUUGAUUAGAAAUUAAUAAUUACAUCGAGAGAUAUUUUAGUCAAAGUAUAAA